CAUCAACAUACCCAGAUGUUACAAAAUAAAAGACUUCCGGGUGGACGCAGCUGAGGAGGAUGCUGGGAUAUUUUUAGGGUGACGAUGAUGAGGAUGAGGAUGGCGGGAAGGAGGAGCUCUGCUGUGACGUCACAGUUUGUUCUCGCUCCGCAUUGCUGCUGUUUGACCUGAUCAACCACCGGAAGCUGCUGGAAAGCUUUUUACUUUCACACCUCUCCUGUCUUCUUCCUCCUCGUCGUCUUCCUCCUCUUCCUCUUCCUCCCUCUAUCUCUCCCUCUUUGUCUCCAUGCGGGACUCUCUCCUGCACCGACGCAGACACCGGGCCUUCCUGUAGCCGCCGCCCCGGCCUCCCUCUGCCUCCCGCCGGCGGAGCCUCCCAGCCGAGCCCCGCUGAGGUGGCCUGGUGCCCGGGGACAGAUGCUGUAGAGCAGCCGGCGGAGGAGAUGCUUGUUCCGGACUGAAGCGAGCAGAACGCCGCGGAGGAGAGCAGGAAGAUGUCCGGCAGGAUGCCUCUGACCCCGGUGAGCGAGAGGGAGUCCGAACAGCCAAAGACUUCAGACGGCCUCCCUGAGCCUCCAGUUCCACCCACCAAAUCAUCGAGCCGCCACAGUCUGCCGCCAUGUCGCAGCUCCGUGGCCUCCGUCACCGACGAACAGCCGCACGUUGGCAACUACCGCCUGCUGAAAACUAUCGGCAAGGGCAACUUCGCCAAAGUCAAACUGGCCCGACACACACUGACCGGCCGAGAGGUCGCCAUCAAGAUCAUCGACAAGACUCAGCUGAACCCCACCAGUCUGCAGAAGCUUUUCAGAGAGGUCAGCGUGAUGAAGAUCCUCAACCACCCAAACAUCGUGAAGCUGUUUGAGGUGAUUGAGACAGACAAAACUCUGUACCUGGUGAUGGAGUACGCCAGCGGAGGUGAAGUCUUUGAUUACCUGGUUGCUCACGGACGAAUGAAGGAGAAGGAGGCCAGAGCCAAGUUUCGCCAGAUUGUCUCAGCUGUGGAGUAUUGUCAUCAGAAGAGGAUUGUGCACAGAGACCUCAAGGCCGAGAACCUUCUGCUGGAUGCCGACAUGAACAUUAAGAUCGCCGACUUCGGCUUCAGUAACGAGUUCACGCUGGGCAGCAAGCUGGACACGUUCUGCGGAUCUCCGCCUUACGCUGCUCCUGAACUCUUCCAGGGAAAGAAGUAUGAUGGGCCAGAGGUGGACGUUUGGAGUCUGGGAGUGAUUCUGUACACGCUGGUCAGCGGCUCGCUGCCCUUCGACGGACAGAACCUGAAGGAGCUGAGGGAGCGUGUCCUCAGAGGAAAGUACCGGAUCCCGUUCUACAUGUCGACUGACUGUGAGAACCUGCUGAAGAAGCUGCUGGUCCUGAACCCGGGGAAACGAGGCAGUCUGCAGCAAAUCAUGAAGGAUCGAUGGAUGAACGUCGGCUACGAGGAGAAGGAGCUGAAAUCCUACAACGAACCAGAACAAGACUUUAAUGACCUCAAACGCAUCGAGCUGAUGGGGACGAUGGGCUUCCCUCAGGAGGAAGUGAUGAAAGCACUCGAGGGUCAGAAAUACAACGAGGUGACGGCGAUAUACCUGCUGCUGGGGAGGAAAUCUGCCGAGUUUGAGGGCAGUGCAUCUUUGUCCAGCAGUAACCUGCUUCAAAGGUCGCGACCCACCAGCGACCUCAACGGCUCCAGUCAGUCACCUGCCCACUCUCGCAACGUAUCGACCAAUCAGAAGCAGCGGCGGUUCAGCGACCAUGUGGCGCCCUCCAUCCCCCCGCCUGUCUCCUACACCAAGCGUGGUCAUGCCAACAGCGUAGAGAGCGACAGGAAGGAAGAGCCGGCCUCACCCGUGGGCGCUCCAGACCGCAGGAGGUCAGCGACAGCCUCAGGGAGCAUAACUCGGAGGAACACGUAUGUUAACGACAGGACGAGCACUGAUCGCCACUCAGUUGCUGUUACCAAUGGGAAAGACAGCAGUCUACCUGAGGUACCUGCAGCAUCCCCCUCCCCAUCGCCGGGGGCAACCAUCUCCUCCACACGCCCACGUCAUGUCAAGUCCAUGUCUGCGUCAGGACAUCCCAUGAAGUCCUGCCUGCCUCCGAUUGAUGACAACGCAGAGUAUCAGAGCUCCCCCCAGCAGCCUCCAUCAUCACCCUCAGCCUUCAGCAUCACCAGCAGCAGCACCACGCCGGACCGUACCCGCUUCCCCCGCGGAUCCUCCAGCCGCUCCACCUUCCAUGGCGCUCAGCUGAGAGACCGACGUCCUGCCACCUACAACGGCCCACCGGCCUCGCCCAGCCUGUCGCAGCACACCACCUCAUCGCUGGCCUCGCCCCGCCGUGGCACCUCCACCUCCCUCAUCGGCAAGAUCACUUCCAAGUUUGCGCGCAGGAGUUUAUCAGGUGAACCCAAAGAGGAGUGCCGGGACUCCAAGCCUCGCUCUCUGCGCUUCACCUGGAGCAUGAAGACCACCUCGUCCAUGGAGCCGGGGGACAUGAUGAAGGAGAUCCGGAGGGUUCUGGACGCCAACAACUGUGACUACGAGCAGCGCGAGCGCUAUUCACUGUUCUGCGUGCACGGCGACGCCCGACAGGACAGUCUGGUCCAGUGGGAGAUGGAGGUGUGCAAGCUGCCCCGCCUCUCACUAAAUGGUGUGCGGUUCAAAAGGAUCUCUGGCACGUCCAUCGCCUUCAAAAACAUCGCCUCCAAAGUCGCCAACGAGCUCAGGCUGUGAACGACUUCCUGUUAUUAUCAUUGAAAACUGCAUGGAGAAUAACUCUGCUCCUCCUCUUCACAGAGGGACACCCCACCAGGUGACGGUGGUGAUCUUGUGUUCAGCACUACCCCUCGCUAACUGCUGUAUGACUCUAAGAAAAUACACCUUAUUAUACUCACCACACUUACUAUUUAAUGUUAUCACUAAAUGUUUGCCAGUGAAACCAAAUAUUAAACAGCUGACAGCAGAUAAUCAGCAGGUUGAGGCUCAGAACAAACGCAGAGUGCCGUUGCUCCGUUUGUUUGUUAAAAUGAAUCCAGAUGUCACUACCUGCUGGAGGGAGGCUUCAUGCUCUUCUCACUGUUCACAUGCACUUCAGAUCUUCAGAAUCCUUGAACACUGAACAAGCUGAGAACGGCCUUGUCUGCUUUGUUUGUCAUCUCAUUAUCUUGAGGAAACAACAGACACAUUUUUUGACAUGUUGAGAUAAUUUAUCUAGAAAACAACUUAAGUGGAGGGAAAGGAGUUCUGAUCUGAAUGAUCUGAUCAGAAAGUUCUCUCUAACCUGUCAAAAAGCCAUCUAUGCACGCUGGCCUGGCACUGCUGGUUUCUGAUCAGCAAAAUAAGAAACAAAAUGAAACAGCUGUUCGUGUUGCUGUGAUAACAUGUUGAAUAUCUCGAGAUAUUAAAGCUUGUUUCCUGGAGAUAAUGAAAUGCAUAACUCAUGAUCUCAAGAUAUCAGGCAUUAAAAAAAGUUGCAAUCAUGGCCUCAGAUUCAGUCGACAUGAUGAAACAUGGUCGACUUUAUCAGGUCAAAGGGACCACAGCUGAUUCAGCAUUGUUGGAUGGGCUGACCAGUCUGCAUGUGAAAGUUUCUGUAAGCAGCAGUGUGUCCGGGUUCUGGAGUUCUGAUGUCACUGCAGUGCACGUCAACAUAUUCUUCAAUGUUUCUCUUUAACCUGGUCGUGAACACUAAUCUGGUCUCUGGAGUGCAAGUAAACAGUGAAACGUUACCUCGGCUCUACCUGUGCAGCUCCCACGCUACAGCACCAGAACAGAUCGCUGUCCGUGUCACCUCGAUUAUCCACAAACAUCUGUCUCUGAACUUUACUCAUUGCUUUGCUCGCUCCACCUCAUGAGGCUUGAAGCCAUGUGCUGGUAGCUGUGACGUGCUGAUAUGGAUCCCACUUAUUUUCCAGCCCUAUCCCGACUGUGAUUGGUUGCCUCUGUUGGUUGCAGAUCCGGCCUGACUAUGGGUUAACAGUUUGAGUCUAACACAGCAGCUGGUUAUGUCUGAUUUCCUGGAUUAUGAGCUGUGGUUCUUCUCCAGGAAACACUCCGACCUCCUUGCUCACCGUCUUGUUCAAGCCAGCUGGCUAAUGCUUGUCUGUUUUGUGAUGUGAUUUAACAGUGAACUCAUCAAACCCCUGAAUGCCUUGACUGACGGUUUGCAGACAACAAUGGCAGCUCCUCCAGACGUUAGCCUAGCGUGAUAGCAUCCUUUUCUCGUUAAAGAGAUGUUUUUGCUCUAUACAAGUUUGAUUUACUAUCUGGCUCCGCUCUCCUACUGGGGAUCUGAUUGGUUGAAAUCAGCCUGUGAUAGACAGAUGGUUCAUCAAAUCAGCUGUCAGUGUCACCGUCAAACGGAGUCUAGCGACGUGUUACCAGAUCGUUCUGUGUAAUCUGGUGCAUCAGAUUAUCAGUUUGCUGCCUCGACCUUGUCUGUUAGAGACCCUGCCAGUCAGUUAGCCGGACAGAAAACAUGAGUGUAUCAAACCCUUUGGACUCUGUGCACUCGGCACAUUACAUGUUAGUGUUGAUUAAACAGACCAGCUGUCACAUUUGUGCGAGCACACAGGAUGAGGUGCUCAGAAUCACAACAGGUUCUAGUGAGGUUCCUCUCUGGCUCAUGUUAGCGUAGCAUCAUUCUACCUCGGGUUAAGGCAAACACUAAAAACAACAUGUAAACGGUUUUCUGCCCUGGAUCUCGGAUGUCCUCCAGCUACAGUCGCACUGCUGCCUCCAACUCGAAUCGGUGAAUAUUUUCUGAUGUUGACGACUGCGCUGUCAGCAAGUUUUCCUCUCAGCUUUAUUUUUGCUGAUGAGAGUUGCACAGCCUACAGUCGAGGUAACGAGUCAUGAAAUGUGUUCAGCAAUCAGGUAGUGAACAUCCUCUCUGUUGAUGCCUGCGACCUCUGACCUCCUGAAGCAGUAAGCCCUUUCACUCCCCGCUGACUGAUGUUAAUAUUAUUGCAAUAAUACUGGAGCUCUUGGUACUAAUGUGCAAACUCAAUGACCAUCAAGUGGUUCAAACACAAACUGUAAAGCUCCUUAAAUCUUUUUACACAUUUACAGCUGACAGAACAGAAUGUGUUUUUGUUAUUUUAGCUGACUUAUUGUUGCUGUAUAAAACGAUACCUGUCCAGGUGAAUAUGUGCAGGUACAGUAUUGAUUAGUUGUGGUUUGUGUACAAAGUCUUUUUAUUUGGUCCACAUUGUCUUCUUUCUCUUUUUGUUUUCCACCACUAAAAUGUUCUUUUUUUCUUAUAUUUUAAGGCUUUUAGCAGUGAGAUAAACCAGAAACACACAGCUGAGAGGUGCAACUUCAAUUUCAGGCUUUGGAUUCACAAAAAAAACAGAAAACCACCAGACUGAUACUUCAAGGGACGAUUCCAGCAGAUAUUCAGCUUCAUUCGUUGAUGAUGGAAUUGUCCUUUGAGCCUGUUCAUUGCUGUUUGCUGGUAGAUUAACUAAUUUCUGUAUCUAUUGCACCACUUAAUGCCUUCUGAAUGUACUGCUGUAUUUCUGAUGCGUUCACUUGCACCAGAGGAAAUCAGCAGUUUGAUGUUUUUCAUUUUUUUUCUCAAAUUUUUUUCUGUAUAUGUUGAGUUUUUUCUCACUACCCACUGAUCAGAAACAUCUCCAAAGACGUCUUUGAUGAUGUUGAAAAGACUCACUGAGGAGCCACAAUGAACGUCUUUGUGACGUCAUUACAUGGUUCAACUUGAAAGAUUUUAUGAUGUAAUGUUAAACGUCUUUUCAACUUCAGUCGCAGACAUCUAAAGAACUUCUUGUGGUUCAAAAUUAAAGUUUUUAUGAUGCCAAAUUUAACUAAAAACUACAGUGAGGAUUCAAACCCUGGACCUCGACCUCAGGAGCUGCAUGAGGUGUGAACUUAACCAGGAGAGCUGCUCAUCAGAUGUAUUAAAUACCAUGUUUUGUCCUUCCAACCUUGACACAUAAGUCUACCUGACCAAACAUAAUAUUUGAUAAGAUAAUAAGAUGAUGUGUAACUCUGCUGUUAAAUUUCAAGCCUCAUACAGCUACUGAGGAUGAGACCCGGGUUCAGAACCACCCUGUAGAUUUCUGCUGUCAUAUAAAUUCAGUUUUUAACCACAAGUUAUUUAGACGUCUGUGACUGAAGUUAAAAAGAUGUCUAACAUUACAGUGUGAAACCUUUAAUAUCGAACCCGCUCUCCGGUGGACAGUGUUUCAUCAUCGCUGAAGAUGUUGAAUAGAAGUCUUGGAGAUGUUUCUGCUCAGUAGAUAAUCUCUGGCUGCACAUCAACAGAGACAUUAACCAGCUCUACUUGUCUCUGUAGUGUCGAGGUCCUGAGGGUUCAAUGUGCAAUGGUUCUCCAUCAUUACUGAAACUUGAGAACACUUUGUACUGUAUGUUGUAGCACUUAAAACCAGGAAGGGAACAACCAAUGCAAAUCCUGCAUCCUCGUCUGACGGGGACGAGACAGGUGAGGAUGUCUGAACAUGGCGAUGCCUUCAAGUCACGUGGGAAGACUGUAAAUCUGAGCCUCUUACUUGAAAAUAGCCUUCACCUCAGCUUUCAGAUAGUGAUGUGUUCCAGGUGACCGACUGAUUCGUCAGGCUUGUCAUUAACAGGAGAGUAGCAGAAGUCCAGUGUAGCCAUGAUGGAUUUAAAUAAAAACCACACAAUUAAACCUUU